UUCCGCUUGGCCCCCCGAGGGCGCCCCCCGGAUUCCCACGCGUGUCCCCCAUCCCGAAACGGUUUUUGGGGGGAUCCGCCCUGGCCCCCCUCGCCCCGCCCCGGUGUGAACGGGGCCCUUUGUGCGGCCCCGGAGAGCGGCGCCGCCCCCUCCCCACCCGCGACCCCUCCCCAGAACCGCGGUGGGGGGGGCAAAGAAACCCCCCCGACCCCUGACACCCUCCCCCAAAUCCUGAGAGCCCCCCCCCCCUCAAACUUCUGACAGGACGAGCCCCCCCGCGAGCAGGAUGGAGCCGGAGGAGGGUCUCAGUGGGCCGCCGUGCGCGGGUGCCCGCGGCCCUUCGGCCGCUGCCAUCAUCGGUGCCGAGGACGAGGACUUCGAAAACGACAUCGAGCCCACCCCCGAGGAGCAGAACAGCCAGUUCCAGAGCCUGGAGCUGCUGCGGCAGCACCCGCUGUCCCUCAUGGCCUUCCUGCAGCACGUCGUGCUCCAGUUCGACUCCUGCCCCGUGGUGAGAUGGGGAGGGGGCUCCCGCACCCCCCAGAGACCCCCCCAAACCGGGGGGGAGGGGGUGCUGAGGGUGACAUUUCCCCGGGGGGCGCCCAAGGGUGGGGGGGCUACACCCUGAGAGUAACUUCUGUCUCUGUUCCCCCCUCCCCGCCG